AGCAACAUUAGCUGUCAGAUGAAAAAAACAAUGUGUCUGUGAGUGUGAGUGAUAAGUAAAAAUAUGGACAAGUCCAAAAGUUGAUAGACCCUUUAUCAAACGUAAUUCAAUAAAGCUUCAAGUUAUAAUUUACAACUUUGGCACACAUCUCUAUUGACACCGUCAAAAUGAACGAGGUUGAAAAACGGCAGUCCCGACCAGAGAAGGAGACUAUACACUCGGGACACUUUAUGGUGUCACAUUUUGAAGCUGAAGCCCAAGACGACUUUGAUGACUUGGUCACAGUGCCCGAUGAAGAUGAGAAACAAAAUGUGCAAAAAGUUACAGCUGUGGCAACUUAUACAGUACCCGGGGCGAUGAUACCUUACCCUCCUGAUAAAGAGGAAAGUAUUCAGCACCAACAACUUUCUAUAGAGAUAUCUUUGACAAAAUUAUUCAAAUGUAUGACUUUGGCUUACAGACAAAAGUUAACGUCUCCAAAAUGGAAUCGUUUUAAAGGUAUAAAACUACGGUGGAAGGACAAGAUUCGAUUAAACAACGUCAUAUGGCGGUGCUGGCAUAUGCAAUUCAUAAAGAAACAAAAUACUUUGGUAUGCCAAUUCGCUUCCCCGUUAGAUGUUGACACACACGUAAAACCAGAGGCAACAAUAUUAGAAGGUAAAUACUGGAAACGGAGAGCAGAGGCGGUUAUAGCAGAAUAUAAAAAAUGGCGCAAGUUUCAUAUAAUGCGACUCCUUGGAAAGGGAGACACAUCGGUCCAGGACACGAUAUCGGACAUGGACACGGUGGAAUCGUUCUCUCAGUGCAGCGACCUAGCAGGCAACAUGCUCACAGACGAGGACUACCUCAGCUUCAUGACUGACACACUCUUCUCCACCAUCAGCAGCCACCAACCCUUCGCCUUCCCGGACUGCAGGGAAAUAGCUAGAGGCGCAAGUUUAGCAGACUUCAUACAACCAAGUUUAGGUCCACUGCAACCCAAUCUUGAUGAUUUUAUGGACACAUUGGAACCACUUCAAGAUUUAUUGACGCCCAGACCGCUACCGCCCGUACCGGAAGAGUCCGCAUUGCCUUCCGACGACUCAAUGUACCGCGGGGCUAUGUCAGUGGAUACAUACUCGUCACAGAACUUCAUGACUAGCAGCCAGAGUAACACAGCGGUCACGAUGCCCACCAGUCAGAUGUCUCUGCACGGGACAACCAACAAUACUCAAAUGAUGUCGAUGGCUGAGCAAACGAUAAAGAAUGAGCAGCAGAUGGGACUGUACGAUAACGGCAGGCUCUUCUCCCAGUCCGACAUGCAGAACAAUAUGAUGAAUGCUCAGGAGAUGCUGUCUCCGUAUCAACAGAUUACUUACGAACAGCAGAGUGCGACACAGGCCGACCAACAAAUGCACAAUGUUUAUGGUGGAAAGUCUUCUCGGUUACAAUAUGUUAACACUCCCAAACUCGUGUCUCAGACAGAACCCUGCUACAAUCAGUAUAAUAAAGGUGUACCACCUUCACAAACUGCGCCAGAAACAGUAUCAUUGCUGCAGCAACCAAUACAGAAUUCUAAGUACGCGUCUACUAUAGUAAUUCAGGGGCGUGGGGGCUACAGCAGAGAGAAGCCAAGGCAGAGAGUGUCCCACUAUUCGGGCCAAGUCCAGAACAACCAGUACCAGAGUUACGGACAGGCCAUGAGUCAGUCGGCGCCGCCGGUGUCCCCGCAGGGCUACGAGUCCCGCGCGGUGAGCUCGCGCCAGACCUCGCCGCAGAUGCAGUACUUGCAGCCGAGUCCCGUGGACUCGUAUAAGGCUAAGCCUACUUCUUCUACAGUUAACCCACGCUCGUUUAAGAUGCCUUCGCCGCCGUUGGUGCCCGUCUCAGCUCCACAGAUGUCGAGCGUGGGCUCGAGUCCGGGCGCCGCCCGCAGCAAGGACCAGUACCGGUCGCACAGCCUGCCGCUGGGGUCGCAGCUGAACCCCGACUGGACAGUGAGUGCGCCCGCGCAGCCCGCGCCCGCGCCCGCGCCCUCCGCUCUAGACGUCUCCGUCGCUAAGCAUAACGCGAGGGCUCGCGAGUCGAACCCGGGUGCCAUUCGCAUUCGGUCUCGCUCUACGUCGAGCGGCGUGGCGGAGGGCGAGGCGCGCGACGGCGGCGCGGUGGGCGGGGCAGUGGGCGGGGCGGCGGGCGCGGCUGCGGGCGGGCGCCCCCCGCCACUCAACAGCGUGGCGUCCGAGCCCACGCUGCCGCAAGCUAGCGUUAUGCUCGCUCAGCUGCUCUCAGCGCAACACUCUCAGAGUAUGUACAAGCUGAACAAUAGCGAGGAGGGGACUGGGUCUGACCCCACCAAGUCGCCAGUCAGGAGGGGUCAGCCAUCGCCUAUCGGUAGCGAUAUCAUGUCCCCGCACCAGUCGCUGUCCCCGCCGGCGUCCCCGGGCGCGGGGGGCGGGUCCCCGCGCGAGGCGCGGCGCUCCCACCUGCACGCCGAGCAGAAGCGGCGGUACAACAUCAAGAACGGGUUCGACACCCUGCAGGCACUCAUUCCGCACCUCAAUACCAACCCCGCCGCCAAGAUAAGUAAAGCUGCAAUGCUGCAGAAAGGUGCCGAGUAUAUCAAGCAGUUGAAAGCUGAGAGAAAUCAAAUUAAAGAGGAGAUGGAAAGCCUACGACAGCAAAUAGAAUGCUUAAAUAAUUCUAUCACCAACUGCCACUCGCUGCUGCCGGCGACGGGCGCGCCGGUGUCGCGCGCGCGGUCGGGCCGCCUGCGGGAGAUGUUCGCGCGACACGUCGCCAACAGAACCAUGCACAACUGGAAGUAUUGGCUCUUCAGCGUGGUGAGCGCGGCGCUGGUGGAGUCGUUCAGUGCGUGCGUGUCGUGCAGCAGCGCCGCCGACCUCGUGCGCACCACGCUGCUGUGGGCCGAGCAACACUGCUCGCUCGUCGAGAUGCGCCCCGCGGUGCUGAACUCGCUGCGCGUGCUGUGCACGACGACGGACAUCCUGACGAGCCCGGAGCGGCUGGCGGACGAGGCGCGCGCCGCCGUGGCCGCCAGCGCCGCCGUCAAGACCGAGCCCACCUAGCGGGCCUAGCGGGCCUUACUGCAUUACUUGUUGUAGUGCGUGUCGAUGCUAAAUGUUCAACACUCGACCUACAUAUCAAACUUUAUAUGAAAAAAUAUCAAACCGCGCUUUGUGAGGUCGGUCGUCUUACCCGUGUUGUUAUUAUUUAUUUGUAUCUAAAUACGUUUCACGGUAAAGUCUGUUACGUAUUUCGAUCCACGUUUGCCUUAAUUUGACUCCGCCACUUUUAUUUGAAUACCUCACUAAAAGUAUGUUUUUGGAAUUAAGCUAUGUAAAAGCCAUUGUAUGUGGGAAGGAUAAUAUUUCAGUUCUAACACGAAGCUACAGAAGUUCAUAAUUCUUCUCUUCUUCCUGCUUUUAUCCCAAUUUAUUUCGAAUCCAUAUAAUAUCUUCUAUUUCUGUAAUCCAUAUAUUGAAAUAUCAUCCUAUCAGGAACUUCUGAUGUCAUAUCAUUCCUCACACAAUGUAUCGAUCGCAAAUGUUUAUUACGUCCAUUAUAUAAAUUAAUAUAAACGAAGUAAAUAUUUUCGAGUGAAUACUGCUGUCAGAUUAUGUUUAUGAGCAAAGUGUCAAUACACAGACUGGUUCCAAGUGUGAGCUUACUUCGAAAUUGUUACUUCUGUGUUUGUAAUUAUAUUACUUUAUUCAUAAAUUGUAUGGGAAUUGUUGGUUUUUACUAUAAAUUGUAUCAAGAAUAUGGAAGAUAUAUCAUCGUCACAGUUCUGGCGAGUCUAUUAAACUGUUUAUCUAGUGACGGUGUAAACGAGAAGUAAAUGAUGAAAUGUAAAUUUUGUAUAGCAUCACAAGCAUAAUUUAAACAGGUAUCACAUUCGUCACGUUUUAUGUGGUAUUGUGUAAGAGCGGUCCAAAUUUCGUAUUUGAUUCAGUGUGGGCGUUGCCUCGACCUGUAACGGCGAAGGCAGAUCUUGAAGUGUCCUAAUCUAGUGCCUUGUAGCUACGUGGUAAAUAUUUGUAAAAUACACAACCGUCUUCUAGUAAGUGAUUCACCAAAAUCGGCAAACGAGUGUUGUUCGAGCUACGAGCAAUAAUAAAAUCACAUUUUCAGACGUGUUUAUAUCACUUUGAGUAGAUGAGAUUGCUGCACUAAUUUAUUCGUAAGCACGUUGUUUUGAUUAGAGUUAUUGUCCGAUAGCUUGUCUGAUAUUAUUUUUGCUUGUAGUCUACAAUCUCCGAUCGCCGUUGAGAUGCCAUUUGAAUUCUUAUACGGGCAUAUUAUUAGAUUUUUUGCAAAUCUUUUAGUACGACCUUAACCGAUUUCAUUCUCUCAAUGUCCGAGUGUGAAAUCAAUGCAGCAAAUAAAAGGAAGUAAUUUUACCAAAGAUAAAGAGCCGCAUUACGCUUGGUAUAGCGACUCGAUCACGUUGUAAAAUAUGUACAUGUGCCCGUCCUGUCCGAUAACACGUGAAUACCAAUGUAGUUCGUAAGAAACAAUGAAUUUAUUGAACUUGUCGAGAUUUAAUUUAGAAUUGUCUAAGUGUAUUUACGUAAGUACUUUAAGCAAAUAUUUUUAUAUUGUGUGAUAACACAGAUGUUUUUAUAUAUAACUAUAUAUAACUCGGUGCCAACGUAAAUAUUGUUGUAAUUUGUUAUGUAGUGAUAUAAUUUUAUGAAGUAUCGUUGACUCUGGCAGCACGUUGUCGUUUGUUAGCGGCGGCCGCGGUAGCCGCGCCCCGCUCGUGAGCUUUAAAUGAGGUUAAGUGCAAUUGUUGUUCUAUUGGAAAUACAAUCUGGAAACACAA